AUGGCAGAGCCGCAGCGGCCGUUAGGACUUCCUGGGGCGAAUCGGGAUACUGGGGAUUGCCGAAAAUUGAAAAUGUUGCGCAGGAUCGCUUCACAGGUCCCGAGACGAGUGGUGGCGGCGAGGCCCUCGAACAUCCUCGUCCGCAACAUCUCUAUAUCAGCACCGAGAAUGUCCGCUUUAAAACCUCUCAGCAAUCCGUUGUCCGCACCUCUUCCCUCGGAUGCCUUCCAACUCUUACCUGAAUCAGAAAAGGCGGGAGCGGCGGAAGACGCACUCUACGAGCAACAACUGAAGGAUGUCGAAGCAUGGUGGGCGAGCCCAAGAUAUGAGGGGAUCAAGAGACCAUACUCGGCGGAGGAUGUUGUCUCGAAACGCGGAAGUCAGCUGCAAUCAUAUCCAAGCUCGGUCAUGGCCAGGAAGCUCUUCAACUUGAUCAAAGAGAGGGAGGCAAAGGGCGAGCCAAUACAUACCAUGGGCGCAAUUGACCCGGUACAAAUGACACAACAAGCACCGAAUCAAGAGGUUCUCUACAUAUCCGGCUGGGCAUGCUCGUCUGUUCUCACGACCACCAACGAGGUGUCCCCUGAUUUCGGCGACUACCCUUACAACACUGUUCCGAACCAGGUCCAGAGACUCGCAAAGGCACAAUCUAUGCAUGACAGAAAACACUGGGAUGCGCGGAGGAAGAUGACCCCAGCCGAGCGAGCGAAGACACCUUACGUGGAUUAUCUACGACCUAUCAUUGCGGACGGAGACACGGGACAUGGUGGACUCUCCGCAGUCUUGAAGCUUGCUAAGCUCUUCGCCGAGAAUGGUGCUGCGGCGGUGCAUUUCGAAGAUCAAAUGCACGGCGGAAAGAAGUGCGGGCAUCUUGCAGGCAAAGUCCUCGUGCCAGUUGGAGAGCACAUCAAUCGUUUAGUGGCUGCAAGAUUUCAGUGGGACGUGAUGGGAACCGAGAACCUUGUGAUUGCAAGAACAGACUCGGAGAGUGGCAAGCUGCUCAGCAGCGCUAUCGACGUUCGGGACCACGAGUUUAUUCUAGGAGUCGCCCAGGAAGGUAUCGAACCCCUCGCAGAGACUCUGCAGGCAAUGGAAUUGGCUGGCGCGACCGGAAAGGAGAUCGACGCUUUCGAGGCGGAUUGGGUGAAGAAGACCGAGUUGCUGACAUGUGACGAGGCUGUCAUCAGGCAACUGGAGAAACAUGGUGUCUCUCAAGAAAAAAUCAACUCGUACCUCAAGGAAACCUCCGAGAACCGCGACUUGUCCAUUUCGAAGCGCUUAAAUCUCGCAUCGCAAUUGACUGACAAGCCUAUUUACUUCAGCAUCGAUGUCCCGAGAACACGGGAGGGUUUCUACCAUUACCGCGCAGGCAUGAAGGCCGCCACCAAGCGAGCCAUCGAAUAUGCGCCCUACGCCGAUCUCCUGUGGGUCGAGACGGGCGAUCCCAACGUCAAGAACGCCGCGCAAUUCUCAGGAGAGAUCCGAGCCAAGUACCCUGGAAAGGGACUGGUCUACAACCUCUCGCCAUCCUUCAACUGGAUGGCUCACGGCUUCACACCCGAGACUCUCAAAUCCUUCAUCUGGGACAUCGCGAAGCACGGGUUCGUCCUCCAGCUCAUCUCUCUGGCGGGUCUGCACAGCACGGCUAUGGUGACCAAUGAGCUGAGCAAGGCUUUCAAGGAGGAUGGCAUGCUUGCUUAUGUCAACUUGGUCCAGAAGAGAGAGAAGGAGCUCGGCGUCGAUGUCUUGACGCACCAGAAGUGGAGUGGUGCUUCGUACAUUGAUGGUAUACUCGGUGCGAUCCAGAGUGGAAGCAGUAGUAACAAGAGUAUGGGUGAUGGCAACACGGAGAACCAAUUUUAG